AUGGGGCUCUUUUCUUCUUCUCUCCCCUUUCAUCCUCAGGAUCCUUCGCUCCUAGAUACCCCCGAGGUUAACCCAAACUUCAAUGAGUUUAGAGAAUUAGAAGAUAUGGUUGCUGACCUCGGUGGCGAGGUUUCAUUCGAAAGGAGGCGAGGCGGUGACGGCAGUAGCAGAGACCAAAGAGGAGGCAUCAAGGCAUGA